CACCGUUUCUUCAAACUCGAGAUUACUUUCAACCUGUUUAUAUUAACCAUAAGUUAAAGAAAUUAAUGGAGAACAGAAUGCUGUCUAGGAACCACCUGACCAGCCUAUCCAGCUUUGUAUACACCUAUCAUUAGACGUAGCUGUACUGCUGCUAUUCACAGUGGAACCAUUUCUUGUUCAGUUAAGAAGGCGACAUACCGGCAUAUUGAUCAUGGCACCACAGCGAUUCAAUGCGGCUGCUCGCUGAUUUUACCAUUAUAAUUGGUUUCUACGAGUAUUAAUAUACCAUACGCAUGGAAUAUUCGUGAGUUCGUAAUAUAAAUUGAUGGUCAUGUGUUAACAGGGGGUUUGACAGUCCAAACUUUGGACAUCAUUCUGUACAUCAACUGAUUUCAAUCUAGAAGGUUUAAAAACAAUGACAUAGCGGGAAAAGUUUGAAAAGCAAGUUAAAGACUUUUUGAAAACCAUGGGUUGUAUAAAUGCCAAAAAACGAAGAAAGGAGGCCUUGCGACAAGGACUUGAAAUUUCAUCAUCGAAAAGAAAAACUUACUUGAAGACCAACGAGGAAUCAGCAAACGGUUCGCCCUUCCACAGCCGGGACCCUGUCCCUCCAAUACCCAACCUAACGGAGAGACAAAAGGAGCUGAUCAUGCAAUCCUGGCAAAAAAUACAGGAAGAUAUGUCAAAAGUAGGCGUUGUCAUGUUUAUGAGGUUGUUCGAAACACAUCCGGAUGUUCAAGACGUGUUCAUGCCAUUCAAAGGUUUGUCACAAGACGAUCUCCGGCACAGUUCACAACUUAGAGAGCAUGCAUUGAGGGUUAUGGGAACAGUUGAAAAAUGCCUGGCAAGAAUCAAUGAACCUAAAAAAAUGGAAGAAAUGCUGCAUGACUUGGGGACAAGACACGUGAUGUACAGCGCCAAAGUGGAUUAUGUUGACUUAAUUGGUCCGCAGUUUAUUUGGGCAAUGCAGCCGGCACUGCAGGAUCAAUGGAACACUGAAUUGGAGGAAGCGUGGUCUGAUUUGUUUAAGAUGAUGGCGCACGUCAUGAAAAACGCCAUGCAGUUCUAAUUUGUAUCAGGAUCUAACCUACCAGUGCCUAUUAUUCGUUCACCAAAGUUCCAGAUGGGCUUAACAGACUGUACAUAGUAAUAUUUUAUAGAACAGUUUGUUUUCUUGACACUGUAAAAUGAACGAGUAGCAAGGGACGUCUCAUGCUUGGUCUAAACCUUAACCAUAUAUUACAUUUAAAAUUUUAAUAAAUGUUGUUCAUAUGUUAUGUUAAA